AUGGAUUCGGAUUAUGCUAAUUUUUAUUACCUACACGGUUACUUCCUUCUCUCUUAUUCCAAUAUUUUCUUCAAUUGCUACUCCUUCGGAGCAGCAAGUGGUCUCGUGAGCCGCCGAAUGAGUGCCUCCGUAAUUCCUCCUUAUACCAAAUCACAACGUUCUAUGUCUAUGGAGGAGUAUGACAAGCCGAUGGGCGUUGAAAACCUGGUCUACAACGGCCAGCGCAAAUACAGUAUCGCCGGAGAAGACACAAUCAACGAGGAGGGUGAUAGUGAGAUUGCCGCCUGA